GUGCAUCAUUGUUCUACUUGGCCGUUUGUUCACUGGGGUUCCUACACACAAACAAAACUUUCCUGACAGCCUGGGCAAUAUUGGGCUCUGGAGUGCUUUAACAAUCCCCUGAAUUAUUGGAAUCUCCCACUUUUUCCAGAAACAGGAUCAAUAAAGUGUGUUUGGCAGCAUGUACAGCUUCAUGGGAGGAGGAUUGUUCUGCGCUGGGAUAGGAAACAUACUCCUCGUGGUCUCCACAGCAACGGACUACUGGAUGCAGUACCGUCAUUCCAACAACUACAUGCACCAGGGCCUGUGGCGUUACUGUGUGCCAGGGAAAUGUAUGACACACACAGACAGCAUUGCGUACUGGGAUGCCACCCGUGCCUUCAUGAUCCUGUCCCUGCUGGCCUGUUUCAUUGGCAUUGUGAUCGGAGUCAUGGCCUUCAUCCACUACUCCUCUUUUGAUGGGUUUGACAAGACCUUCGCAGCCGGCAUCCUCUUCUUCAUCUCCUGUUUCUUUGUGCUGCUGGCGAUGGCUGUCUACACAGGGGUGACGGUGAAUUACUACGGUAAACGCUAUGGGAACUGGAGAUUCUCCUGGUCUUACAUCAUGGGCUGGGUGUCCGUGGUGCUGACGUUCUUCUCAGGUAUAUUUUACAUGUGUGCCUACCGGAUGCACGAAUGCCCAAGAAACUCCAACUCACGCUGAUCUGCCAAUUCCACCCCAUGAAUAGCUCUCUAUCAAAUGACUUUGAGAACUCUGUCACCACUGUUAUCUGGGUUUACACACAGACAUAAUAUCCUGUUUAACUGACCUGAAAAAUAUAAUAAAUGGGUGUACCACA